UCUAACAGAAGCGGACAUUCAUAGGCUGUGCUCUUUUUGAUCCACACCUCCUCCUCCUCCUCCUCCUCCUGGUCGUGUUGUUGAUGGAUCAUCUAACACCUCCCUCAGAAGGACUCUCAUCCACCUCAACGGGCUCCAGCCAUCACGGUGGGCGGGCGGUGCACAACUCGUGCUCGUGCUGCUUGUGCGCAUGCGAGCAGAUCUUCCAUCCGCGCGCGGGUUGAUGUCACACUGACUGACUGACUGAAGGCAGAAUUCGUGAACCGAGACGGACUCCGAGCGGACCGAGCAGGCAGCAUCAUGAGCAAAGUGCAGGGAGGAAUGAAAUUCGUCAAAUAUCUCCUCUUCGUGUUCAACUUCAUCUUUUGGGUGUCUGGCCUGCUGGUGUUGGCGGUAGGACUAUGGCUCAGGUUUGACCCAAGCACAGUGCUUCUUCUGACAGAUGAUGGCGCCCCGGAGAACUACUUUAUAGCUGUGUACAUCCUUCUCGGUGCAGGAGGGUUAAUGAUAAUCGUUGGGUUCUUUGGUUGUUUCGGAGCCAUACGUGAAUCUCAGUGUCUUCUUGCCUCGUUCUUUGCUUGCCUCCUGAUAAUCUUUGGAGCAGAGAUUACGGCUGGCGUUUUUGGAUUCCUGAACAAGGAACAGAUUUCAGAGGAAGUCCAAAACUUCUACAGCAGCUCUUUCACUGGAGACAGCAAUUCCAACGGCACCACAGUUGCUGCAAUUUAUCACACAGCUCUGAAUUGCUGUGGAACCUCUAAAGAAGACAUGUCUUCAAACCUUUGUGAAAAUGUUCCCCCAGACACCCAGGACUGCUACAAGGCGAUAUCAGACUUCUUUAAUGAAAAGCUCUUCAUCCUCGGUUAUAUUGGCAUUGGUAUUGCUGGUGUAAUGGUCAUUGGGAUGAUCUUCAGUAUGGUUCUGUGCUGUGCCAUCAGAAACAGCAGGGAGGUGAUAUAGAUGCUGAUCGUAUCCCCCAGUCUGCACACCUACCCGACUACCACACCCUCCUCCAACCGCUCAUAAUCAAUGUAUCCGCAUGAGGAGGAGAACACCAAAGCUACAUGUCAACAGCAUCCAUGUCCGCAUUUCCCUGAUGAUGAGUUUCGCCAACACGGAUCCUACCACACACGAAACGCUGGAUCAUAUUUCCUCAUGUCUUUCUCCCAUCUCCACCAGCUCUCAGAUCCAAAUCUGCCCCCCCCCCCAAAAAAAGGCUUUACUUUUAGCACGGCACGCAACAUUCCUUUCUGUUAACAUCCUUUUGUUAAACUACUGGUGCUCUGCAGAGGUUUUGCAGAGGGCCACUGCAGCUACAUCUCGGUACAUGAAGCCUACUUUGACACAGGAAUGUUGUGAUUGAGAAGUAUUGCUGUAAAUAUGAACAGUCGUCGUCACAUCUGCUGUUAACAUUAUUUAUUCGGCGUGCUUUGUUGCUGUUUUAAGGCUAACCCCGACCGUCAGUUGUGUGCUUCAGUGUUUGGAGGACUAGCAUGUGCCUAGAGUGAAGCCUUCAGCUUCGGACGAUUUCUCCCCAUUCGAAUAUUUAGAUGAUGACUACGCUUGCUCCCCGCUUUCACUACCAAAUAUUUCUACCGUAAAGCACAAUAGAAGGCAUUUAGAAAUCAUAUCAACCCAAAGGGUUAGGAAGGUCUGAUGACAACCUACUUCUUUAGUAAAUCUUUAAUUUCAUCUGAAAGAUCGCUAACUCUACACUCAGCUCUUUUUGAGCUUUUUUAAACGAUAACAACCAGCUAGUUUGCAUUUUGUGUGAGUUAUUUUAUAUGUAAAUGUUGGUGUGCCAAUGACGUGUGGAUUAUAGGAUAAUAUAGUUGAUAUCAUACAUGUUAACUGAAAUAAAACUUCUGGAUGCUUUUGA